AAUGGCGUCAAAGGCAACCGUCGGCGGCAUCGGUAACCCGCGCGGUGGUAUGAUGUGAGUUGCCGCGCGUCCUGUUCGUUCGGUACGCGACUGGGCCGAGGCGCUUGACUACGUGUUGUAGAGUAUAUCUCAGGACAACAUCUGAGUGAGCAACUUCCAACGUUUUUGGUUUGUCUAGAAUGAGUACGGAGACAGGCGAGCAGACUUCGUCGAGUAACCUUGGCGCCGAAACACAAGGCUCGGUGUUGUCAGUGUGCAAGAGGUCUGAAAACGUGGACACAGAUGAUAAUUCCCAGGGCACAAUGAAAGGCGACGAAAUAGUUGACGAAGCUAGCAGCAUUGAGUCGGAUGCCGACAAGGUGGCGAAGGAAAGCGACAACUGCGCCAGGGACAUUCCCAUGGAGGAGGAGUCAAAUCUUGAAGAUCCCGCCUCGUCUGAGACCACGAGCAGCGAUCAGCCACCGUCUGCACAGGCGAACAACAUCCUGGAAGGCGCUGAUGGUUCUAAACUGGCUUCCGACGCUUCAAGAAGCUCGGAUCAACAGUGCUAUUGUGGGAAAGGGCGCAACAUGAACGUCGUUGAACUCCAGUGUAUUGCCUGCCUCAAGUGGUUUCAUGACACAUGUUUAUCAUUACCGCUUGGAAAAUGCGUUCCAUUUAUGACCAACUACACUUUUUCCUGCAAGCUGUGCAAUCCAGCUGGUAAUGAGAACUUCUCCAAAAAGCAGUCAAAUUUUAGCCAGAUGUGUGUGACAGCGCUCGCCAACUUAAUACAGAAGAACCGUGCCGAGGGUGGAAGUCGGGCAUUGUUUUCGAAAGACAAGGAGAUAAUUCCGUUCAUUGAAAAGAAUUGGGAAAAUAUGACAACGGUCCCACGAAGAGUAAAGCAAACCUGGCACACAACUGUUUACAAGACCAUGACCAAAGACACGGAUGUUUUUGUGUGCGAAGAAAAAACAGAAUCGGGGGAAGUCACUGAUGCCCAUCCAUAUUUUGGGCUCAUCCUGACGGAUUUAGAAAAGAUUGGACCCAACUAUGAGAGCCUUGUUCGGGGCAGCCAGGGUCGCAAUGUGGAUUCACAAGUUUCUUCAGGCAAUCCUGUUCCUGGUAAAGGUAGAGGCACCAAACGGAAGCUGCCAGGGGAGAGUCAGACUGCAACCUCGGGAAAGAAGAAUAAAAGCGACUUGGUGAUGCCCAAGCUACCACCAAAUGGCUACCCCCUUGACCAUCCCUACAACAAAGAUGGCUACCGGUACAUCCUCGCGGAGCCCGAUCCUCAUGCGCCGUUUCGUCAGGAGUUUGACGAAAGUACAGACUGUGCAGGGAAGCCUAUUCCAGCGUGGCUCUACCGUAAACUGCAGCCAUCGUCUGUGCUGUUGGCUAUGCAUGACAGAGCACCCCAGUUAAAGCUGUCAGAUGACCGGCUCAGCGUGACUGGGGAGAAGGGCUACUGCAUGGUCAGAGCAACUCAUGGUGUGGAAGAGGGUGCCUGGUAUUUUGAAGCUACCAUUGAAGACAUGCCUGAGAACUGUGCCACUCGUAUUGGCUGGUCUCAAGAGCUUGGCAACUUGCAGGCUCCCUUGGGGUAUGACCGUUUUGGUUAUGCCUGGCGGUCUCGCAAAGGCACGAAGUUCCACGAGAGCCGUGGCUACCACUACCACGACGGAGGUUAUGGCACUGGAGACACACUCGGUUUCCUCAUCGAGCUGCCACGAAGAAAAGAAAAAGAAGGGCAGCUCUCUCUGCCAGAUGCUUUUAAAGACAGGCGACUCGUAAAGGUGAAGAGUUAUCUUUAUUUUGAAGAGAAGGAUGAAGUGCAGCAAGCCAUCAAGGCUCUCAGGUCGCUGCCAGGAAGUAGAAUUGUAUUUUAUAAGAAUGGAGAGUGUAUAGGGACUGCUUGGAAAGAUAUUUAUGAAGGAAUGUACUACCCAGCAGUGUCUCUCUACAAAGGGUGCACGGUGCGUUUGAACUUUGGACCCAACUUCAAGCACAAGCCAAAGGAUGUACCAUGCCUAGGGAUGCAUGAAAGUGUCGACAAAGUCAUCGUGCAGCAGACCAUGUCUGAUAUUCUCUACCUUGUGGAAAAUGAAAGUCAAAUGCGGUUGGAUGCCAUCUACUUUUAGUGUUGAAAGUUCGUUCCUUGUUUUUAUUAACAUAUACAAUAUAUUUUUUUUUUCACGUGAGAAAAACAAAAACAAAGUAUGUGCACAGAUUUUUCAUCCUCACAGACAAGUCUUCCAUUAUCCAGUGAGGGCUACAUGUGGAAGUUUUAGUUUUAAGGGGACAGGGAAAGAGUGUUUUUAUGUUGUAUACUUUUGGCUACAUUUAUGGCCCCUUUUUUGUUCGCUUUAGGCAUAGAACCUCAUUAUAGAUCUAUAUACUCCUACAUAUUUGAGGUCAUUUUAAUUAAUUCAAGCUGUUAUUUUGUAUAUUGCUUUGCUAGUAUGCCUUUUGCCCAUUGUUGUUGCAGUUUUUGUAAUAGCUUGUAUAUUGUAUAAGAGCCUUUGUUGGUAUGGCGUCUUGGCAAGUUUUUAUUAUAUACAUUAUUUGUAAAACAAGUUCUGUUUGGUGAAUAUUGUCCUUUUAUUUUUCCCCCACUCUAAUGUAUGUUGUCCUGUGUAGGCAAUGGAACUGGAAACCUGUUACUGUAUAUAUAUGUAUAGCACCUUGGGGAUAGUCUCCAGGGAAAGACCUGGACACAUGCUUGGGCUUUUCAACUGAUGCUCGUGUUACGAAAUGUAAGGGCUGUGUCAAAUCUAUCUAUUCUUAUUGUGUCAGAAUGCCCAGUGAGCACAUUCUUUUGAAGGGCCCACUCACUAGCUUCAGACGUUGAAGACAAGGACAUUUAAGAUCUCUAGCACAGAGAGCAUGCAUUCACAAUCAUCUGUAGAAAUUAUGUCAGUGGAUGCUGCAAAAACAGCAGGAAAAUCAGACUCAAGUCCUUCUCAAUAUACUUAUGAACACAGCCAAUCUUUGUAUAAUCCUCUGUGGCAUUUCAGAUGCAUUGUGCGUAUCACAAACCAAAAGGGGCUACAUUAAUCGAUUAAGCUUCAGUAAAAAAGGCUUAACCAAAUAUAACCACACUCUUUUCAUUGGCCACUGAGGCAAAGGUUGUGUAUGGGGUCACCUCCUCCUGUUGUAAGGCAGGCAGGGCCCAUUUGCUUGCUGCAUGCAUCUGCCAUGUGCUGACCUGUUGCUGCUAUUGCAAUAAUCAUCUUUGUCUACACUUGAAAGUACGCUGAUGAGAAAGUUGGUGGUUCUUUAAACUUCACUUACUCUUGCUAGGGUGAGACAUCACCUGCUCUUGUAAUGUUCACAGCGAAUGUUGACUGUUGCUUUUGAGGUGGGCUGAGAAAAGCAGCACCUUUCAUGCCAUGUGAAUUAGACUUGUUUGCAUUUAUUACCUGCAGUGGUUCUUGCAGGAAAUAUUGUUUUGUAAACAUUUUUUUUGGCAUCUAGUUGGAAACAGCAAGAAUCUUGCAACCCUUGUUUGUUAUACCACAAGGAUAGGUGCAUGUGAUGACCUGAAUGUUGAGUACCAGCGUGCUGUCAUGCAUUGCAUUUUGUUUGGUUCAGCUUUUUAAAUAAAAAGAAGUUAUAACUGGGUC